AUGUCUUAUAAAAAUAAUCAACAACAAGAAGACAAUGAUAAACAGCAAGAUAAUAAUAAACAACAAGAAUUUUACAUACUAGUAAAUAACAACUUGGCGCCAUUUGCUAGUCAUCAUAGUGAUCAUACAGUAUUAGACAUUUUUGAGAUGGUUAAGAUUCAAGGCUAUAUUGAAUUCUUUAUUUGUAUUAGUUACCGUUGCGACGUUGCGUCAUUGUUAUUUUACGAUAAAAGAAAGCAAGAAUGGUUUCCUAUUCUUGGAUGGAUGGAUCAAAUGUUUUUAGACGGUAAUGAGAGAAUUGAGAGAUGGGCGUAUGUUUCAGUAGUAGAAAGAUUAAAGGAAAUUAUAACAAAAACGAACAUAACAACAGAAAAUAAUAUUAGCGCUUCUUUGAAUACUGAUAAUUCGUUACAUGGGGAAAUGUCUCAAAUUAUACAAAAUUUUAAUAAGAUGAAUAUAAAAGAAAUUGUACCCGCAAACAUAAUAAUUGAAAAUUGUUCAUUUGAAAAAGUUAAUGAUAUUGUAAAUUAUAUUUUCAAAAUAGUUAAUGAAGGAAAAGAAUUUACAUUAACCAAAAAUAUUAAAAAUAUUCUUGUUUAUUUUAAUAAUAAUAAUACAAAUUCACAAGAAAUUUAUGAUUGGUUAUUAAUUAAUCAAAAUAAUUUAGAUUCUAUAUUUUUACUUGGAUAUUUUAAUUAUUUAGGAAUUGAAACAAGCGAAGAUAAUAAGAAAGCAUUUGAUCUAUUUAUUAAUAUUAGCACAAUUAUAUCAAAUAUGGGUUAUGCAUUAUGUUUAUUAAAAGCUGGAUAUUGUUAUAAUUGUGGAAUUGGAACUAGUGUUAAUUAUCAAAAAGCUUUUGAAUUAUAUCAACAGGCGGAAAGUUUAGGAAAUAUUGUUGCUCAAUAUAAUCUUAAUAAGUAUUAUAUUGGAAAAGGUGUUGAGCAAACUUUAGCACUAUAUCACCAAGCAGCAAAUUCAGGUUAUAAUUUAGCUCAAUAUAAAAUUGGUCGUCUGUAUGAAUAUGGAAUAGUAAUUAAAAAGGAUAUAAAACAAGCGAUUUACUAG